AAAAAGAAAAAGUACAAAACCGUCAAAACACUUUCGUAAUCGUGUCGUGGGUACAUGAGGGAGUAUUUUGGAAGUUUUGUUAAUUUAGUAAAACUUUAUAAACCACAUAAGUGCUAAAUUCUUCGUAUUGAAGCAAUUUAGUUUCCUCUGAAAAUGGCUAGUAGUCGUUUGGAAAAAAUCGGAACCAUUGUCACCAGAACCCAGGGACUGUUACGCUCCGGUGCCAUGAAAUGGGAUGACCGACCCCUCUGGUACGACGUGGUGCAAGCAUUUCCACCCAAAGAGGAACCCCGUUUCGAUCGCCCUCCUUCGAAUAUUUCUGUUAGGCCGGUUUUCUACGCCGAGGAUACCGUUCGUGCGAAGUUUCACAAGCAGCAGAACCGAUACCUAACGAAUCUUUCCGACGCGCGAAAUAAGACCGCUUCGCAGCAUUUUAUUGCGAUUUAUAAUCAGUUACAACAACAAGGAGCGCUAGAUGAGGAGAAAGUAUUCGAAACGGCCCAGGAAAUGCUGGAUGAAAAAUUGGGACAGCUAAAACUAGAAAAAACUGCGGAUUCGACAGCACAGGAGCAACAGCCAUCAACUAUUGCAGCCAAGCAUGUUGAGACGAAACCAGCCAAAACUGUUCAAUUGCAAGACAUUUUCAAGGAAUAAAUGGUUACCUUAGUUGCUAGUUA